AUGGAGCAAGAUCAAGAUAAGCGAAUGAUCCUCCAGCUUCUUCUGGAAGAUUUGGAUCACCUACAGAACAGGCAGAAAGGAAAGCAGGCUGCAGGAAAGGAAACAGACCUUGAAGUUGCCAUCGCGUGCUUGAGGGAGGAUAUUCGGUCCACACAGAUUUCCAUCGCGGAUGAGGUAUUGACGAUUAGCACGAGUACCGCAAUUGCCAUCGAUCAAAAGAUACUGGCAUCUUUCCAACGCCAGGAAAGGGUCGCUGAUCAGGACCGCCAAUUCGCUCUCGCUCUGAGCAAUGGAACCUCGACCUCUAAUCACAUUUCAAACCCCUCGGUGACAAGCAAGAUCACAUCGCCGGACGACGACGACGACGACGACGAUGAUGAUGAUGCCGUGUCCAUUGUCAUGGGAGAUCUCAUGGGCCGGAUGACUCUGAGUGACAAAGCAUAUAAUAACGGAGAAGGUUCAUCGCGCGUACAUCCACCUCGAGCAAGCAGCGUUAUGAGAGAAUGUGUUUCUUGCUUCACCAAAGUCAACGCCAUCAUAUUUAAGGGUGCCUGUGGCCACGGGUUUUGCCGGGACUGCACGAGACAGAUGUUCCUCGGCGCCAUCAAAGAUGAGGAGUUGUACCCGCCUCGUUGUUGCGGAAAUAUCAUUCCACCCGGGGUUGCCUUGAGAAUUCUUAACUACGAAGAGCUUCGAAACUUCAGUGAAAGAGCCAUUGAAUGGACUGCAAAGGAUCGUCUUUACUGUGCUGAGCCCACAUGCUCGAAGUUCAUUCCACCAUUUGCCAUCCAGCACGAGCACGGCACCUGCCCCGAAUGCCACCAGCAGACCCAUGUACCAUGCCGCUCGCUUGCCCAUCCUCGUGUCGAUUGCCCGAUGGAUGAACCCCUUUAUGCUGUGCUUGAAAUGGCGGAUACUGAAAAGUGGAGGAGAUGCUUCAACUGCCGAACCAUGGUAGAACUUCACCAUGGCUGCAACCAUAUGACCUGUCGUUGUGGGCGCGAGUUUUGCUAUGUGUGUGGCUUGGUUUGGAAGACAUGCGAAUGCCCACGUUGGCACGAGGAAAGACUUGAAGAACUGGCAAACCAAGCCGUAGAUGAAGAGGUUCCCGCGAACGUCAAUAUCCAAGUCCGCCAGAGGGCAUUUGACCGGAUAGUCGAAGACCUGCGGCAACACGAGGACAACGGUGUGAGGUCAGGAACCAUACUCUACCGGAGUACAUUUUUGUGUGCACCAGUUGCCGGAUGCGGGCCUGCAACCGUUGCCGGCGACACAGAUUGCGGUAGUUCCCUGUCGUUAAUCUUUGUUCCCAAGCUUGUUUCAUUGAAGAAGAGGCAGAGGAGGCGACUGAAGGACAGCUAA